AUUAAAAACCCUAAAUCCCAUUCCACUUAUUUCCAAUUUUCCAGUCCAAUCAGAUACCUCAACCCCGUUCCUCAAUUCAUGACGACCCUUUAAUGUUCGAUCGAUAAUCUGAAAAACCCACGAAGAGUUUUCUCUGAUUCUCUGGGUGGGGCUUGAAUUUUGAGAGAAUGGGUUGCUUUCUUGGUUGCUUCGGUGAUUCGAAGAGUCGCCGGCGUCGGAGACGCCGAGAAUAUCUCCAUCCUCGAGGAAACAGAAUCUCUGAGGGAUCUAAGAAUGAUGAUCAUCUGAAUGUGAAGGUCCCUACAGUCGAGGAAGUCCCUAGAGAGCAUGUAAUUCCGAUCACUGAUAUCAGUGAAAAAGUUGCCGAGAAAUUCAAUCGGAGCCCUAUUCGGAAGAGAGUUACUUUUGACUCCAAUGUAAGAACCUAUGAACAUGUUUUACAGGAAGAAUCUGCUGAACUUCCAAAAGAGGUGAGAGAAGAGAGAAGUGCAGAAGAGAAACCGGUGAAGCCGAGCCGUACUGAAUCUUCAUCUGAGAGCAGCUCAGUCACGUCAAACUCGUCGGGGUCCUUCCCUCCAAAUCACAGGUACCAGAAUUGCAGAGAAAGUGAUGACGAAAGGGUGGAUGGAUCAGACUGCGAUGAAAGCGAUCUAGACGAUGAUUGGUUGCUUGAUGAAGACUAUUAUAGCGAUGAUGACGAUGAUGAUGAUGGCUAUUACCAGAAUAAGUUACCGAGCUACAAAGAAGUUUAUACAGAGGAGAUUGCAGAUAACGGUUUGGACAUAGAGGAGGCGAAGCCAAGAGGGUCUAAUGCAAGUGCUAGAGACAGAAGUAGCUAUAUCCACCCGGUAUUGAACCCAGUUGACAAUUUCACUCAGUGGAAAAGUGUGAAAUCUAAAGUGAGAACAAUACCGGCACAGCCUCAAAAGGAGAACCUUAACCUCGUCUCAUAUCGAGAAGACAACUGGGCUUCCGUCACCAAAACCAUGCCCAAGCUUGACAAAUCAUCGUCACUCAGCUUCAAGCCAAGACCAAGAGAUGAACCCAAGAAAACAAAGAACCGAGAAUUGGAGGUCGAUGCUAGUCUUUCAACUUGGUUAUCUGAAUCAGAGACCACCAGUGCCAGCAAUGGCGUUUCCACGGGGCUUGAAGCCACAAAGCCUGAGAGAAACAACAACACCCCCUGCAACUCUACACCGAUCAAAAACCACGAUGACAGGCCUAUAUUGGGGGCAUUGACAGUAGAAGAAAUCAAACAGUUCUCAGCUACUUCUUCACCGAGAAAAUCACCGAGCAGAAGCCCUGAUGAGAUGCCUAUUAUCGGAUCAGUAGGAGGUUACUGGAAUCACUCAGGGAGGAUCAUAGAGGAUCGCAGCUCCGCAACUUCUUCAUACAAGGGAAUACCAAACACGAACAGCAAGUACAGAGAAGAUAAGAGAGUGAAUUGGGAUUCGACACCAUUCGAGGCAAGACUGGAGAGAGCUCUGAACAGCGGAGGACGCUAAUAUACCUCUGUGCAAAGAAUCAUUCGUUUAUUACAUUGCCCUUGUGAGAUUCUAUUGUUCUUUUUUUUUUGUUCUGGUCGUGUUUAUGUUGUCUUCAUGGGUGUAUGUAAUAUACCUCUUCUACCUGUUUGUUGGAUAUGUAAUAAUGUUCUUCUGGUGUUUUGUUCCCAA